AUGGCAGGCUUGGGAACGACUCAAAAAUUCAAACGGCAGCUGCCUCCAUUUCUGGACCACUCCAGUCCUCGCGAGCUCAAGACUCUCUUUCGUUGUUGGGUGGCAGCAUGGGUGGCAUGUAUUCUCAUGUUUAUACAGCCAGUUCUGUCAGACUUUGGUGCCGACGUUUUCUUCGCUUGUGUCGUUCUAUUUAUCAUUCCACCUUCCGGAGGCCUGUUCGAGUAUAUACUUGGGGCUAUCUCAAUCUUCGUCGGUAUUUGUCUCGCUUGGGCAUGGGGCGUUAUUACUCUGAAGGCAGCCCUGGCUGCUCGACCCGAUGCGCAAGCGCAGGCACUCCUCAUGUCAAUGCAAGAAGCCAUUAGUAUACAAGCGCAAAAUACCGGAGAGUCUCCUAGCAUAAUCUCGCAGCGCCUUAUUUUCGACGGCUGGAUGCUAGAUACGCGUGUGACCAUUAUUAUCUAUUGCAUGCUUUGCCCUUUCGUCUACUUCAUGGCACGUCUCCGCGCAGACAACCCAAAGGCAACUCUGACGUUUGUGUUUGCCACUAUCAUAACGGGUAGUUUCCUCUGCUUUGGACCGCUCUUGCCCUCGUUCAGCGGCACCCUGCCACUGCCGCUUGUCAAGCCUGCGGCGGUAGGCGUGGGGCUUGGGCUCGCCUGUACGAUCCUGUUCUUCCCGCAGUCCGCGGUCGGCAUUACCCUGGAAGGAAUUAGCGACGUGAUUGAGGACCUUAAGCCUCUAUUGCCCUCCUUCACCAAUCCUGAUAUUGAGUAUCUUGGCAAAUGCCAGGCCAAAGUUGUUAACACAUAUCAAAAGCUAGAGCCCUCCUUUGCGUUUCUGCCGCUUGACUUUUCGAUCGGGUGUUGGGGAGCUGAUGUGGUUCAGGCUUUUCAUGAACCGAUUCAGAAGCUUGUAAUAGCUGUUCUUGCGCUGUCGGACUUUCAUCGCAGUGGCAUCCAAAACGAUACGCAGAUCAAGGAGCUUCGCGCCCAGUUAGUUGACAGCGGUGACGGGCGAUCCCACGAAAAGAAAAUUGAUGACAAGAGCGCAAGGGAAGUUGGCGCCCAUCAGCGAGCUCAGUUUGCCGCUAUCGUGAAUGCAUUAUAUGAGGAAGACUCUUCCUUCUUCGAUGAGUUAGCACCGAAACUGCGGGAAACUGCUCUGACGGCUGUAGAAGGGUGCCUUGAAGGGUUGACCGUCAUUCAGGAAUCGCUGCAGUUUGUUGGCCGACAACAUUGGUAUCACACGGCAUCGUCCACGGAGCAUGAUCAAGUCAGCCAACGUAUCCAAAUUGUUCUUAUAAAUCUACGCGAAACUCGCAUAACGUUCCUGCGACAUAUGACGGAACGGUUAGAAGAGACCUAUGGCCCUUCCUUGGGUGGCGAUGAGGGUCCAAAGCACAACUUAUCAGGUGUUAUUAUUGCUAUCGGCUUCCAAGAACAUAUGGUAAAUGUGCUUACAAGCAUGGAACUUUUGCUACAACAAGUGUUCAAACACUUCUCAAUCGCCUCGCAAGUUCGACCAUGGUGGCCGACAAGCAUUAAAUAUGCUGUUACUUGGGCGUUGGAAAAACGCGCCAAAGCGCCUACGAUGAGAUCAGGAGCUACCUCUGGAACCCCAGACCAACCAAAACAAACCAGAGCUAUAAUAACUGCAACCCAAGAGGGGAAGAAAGUCCUUCAGGCGCGGCAUGGAUAUCGUCCAAGAGCACGGAAUCCUAUUGGAAAAGCUGUAAUUGGCCUCUACCACUGGCUGACCUGCAACGCUGGACUAUACGCCCUUCGGAUGGUUAUUAUUACUAUCGCGGUCUCUAUUACUGCUGUUCUUCCAAGUACAGCUGGAUUUUUCUACCGUGAGAAGGGCCUGUGGGCGUUAAUCACUGCACAAUUAGGGCUAGGUAUCGAUAUGCCUGACUUUACCUUCUCGACCUUUGGACCCGCGGCUGGAACACUCGCAGGAGGAAUUCUAGGCCUUUUAGGCUGGUACAUUGGAUCUGGAGGAGGGCCAGGAAAUCCCUAUGGCCUAUCUGCUGUCUGUGCUGCCUUUUUACCGAUUCUCCUCUGGGUUCGCCUCUACGUGCCGCCGUAUCAUAUCCCAGGCGGAACCCUCGUUGCCGUGACCUUCCUGCUUGUUAUCAUCUACAGCUAUGUGGAUACGCACAACCCUACCUAUGGGGAUCCCGGCGUGGGAUACAACGUCUUCUGGAGACGCGUACUACUUAUUCUAAUCGGUAGCGGGGCCGCUACCAUUGUACAGAUUUUCCCCCGUCCUCCAUCUGCUACCCGCCAAGUCUGCAAGUCGCUCUCACGCUCCAUCCGGACGUUGUCUGACUACUACGCGCUCCUUCUUUCCUCUUGGUCCGAGCCCAAUCCAGAUCAAUGCGCACAAGCACUCGGAGAGCCUAUCUGGAUGGGGCUCACCCAGUCACUCCACACGCUCGCUGACCCCAUAUCAAACCUUCGCUUCGAGUUAUCCAGCUCACGCUUCGACUCAACCAGUCUCAAGCAAAUUAAGCAGAUAUGUCACGUUAUUAAUAACAACCUUGCUUCCCUUCUCAAGGCCUCAGCUACAUUGCCGCCGCCGUACCGCGACCAGCUUGCACACAUGUCCGGAAUGCUAGAUCAGCGAUGCAUCGGCGAGAUCAUGGCCGUGCUCGGCAUAGCCGAGCAAGCGAUUCGUACAGGCGACGCGCCGCCGGAGAUGCUCCCGACACCACUUGUGCGCCGGGCGCUGGAGUUCCAAUUUGGACCAAGUCGUCCGAGUCACAAUCGCCAGACAGGGCGUGGUGGGAAUGUUCUCGUGAGCGCGGAGAUGUUGAAGGAUAAGGACUAUUGUCAGCUUUGUGUUGCGCUUGCGGCGUAUAUUCGGUUUUUGGCUGCAGUUGAUGAGCUCGUAUUGCUUAUCAAGGGGGUUCUGGGCGAGGCUCAUCUUGUGGCGGAGGCGUUGGCGGAUCUGGUUUGA